UCAGUUUUCGACGAUCGCUGUGUUUUGAGAGUCGUGCUAAUUGAAAAAUAAUAAUGGUGUCCUCAGUCUCUGCCGACAGCAACAACAAAUAUUGCUUUGCUAUAGAUCGCGGUGGCACCUUUACGGACGUGCUAUGCAUCUGUCCCGGCGGACGAGUACGCACAAUGAAGUUGCUUUCUGAAGAUCCAGAGCGCUACAGCGACGCUCCUCGUGAGGGCAUACGCCGUAUACUUAAAGAAGAAACUGGCGUUGAUCUCACAGAAGCUGGCCUGGUGGACACCUCAAAAAUUGGAUGGGUGCGCAUGGGCACUACAGUUGCUACAAAUGCCCUGCUCGAGCGGAAGGGCGAUCCCGUCGUUCUGGUGGUUAACAGCGGCUUCCGUGAUUUGCUUUACAUUGGCAACCAAGCACGUCCCAAGAUUUUUGACCUCAACAUACGUAAGCCAGCGAAUCUCUACCAAUCUGUCGUCGAGGUUGACUGCCGCAUUGUGCCAGAGCAGGCUGAUCGCUGCCAGUUAAAUCAACAGUGGAAUGUGCUACAGGGCAUAACGGGGUGUAAGUAUUUGGAGGUUCAGCCUGUGGAUGAGCUAUCCGUGCGUACGUCUUUAGUCGCUGCCCGCCAACAGGGUAUAAACUCUGUGGCUGUGGUACUGGCCCACAGCUACGCCUGUCCGGAACAUGAGUUGCGCAUUGGAGCCAUCGCAACGGAGCUUGGAUUUAGCCAUGUAACGCUCUCGCACAAGGCCAUGCCCAUGUGCCGGGUAGUGGCGCGUGGCUACACAGCCUGUGCCGAAGCCUACCUGACACCCCACGUCGAUCGCUAUCUUGCCAGUUUUAAGUCGGGAUUUGAAAAUCAACUAGCUGGCGUUGAUGUGCUCUUUAUGCAAUCAGAUGGUGGCCUGACAAACAUGGAGAAUUUCCGUGGAGCUCGUGCUAUACUUUCAGGUCCUGCAGGCGGCGUCGUAGGGUAUGCACUGACGGGAUCGCGCGAAACAGAUCUGCCACUAAUUGGCUUUGACAUGGGUGGCACUUCUACAGAUGUGUCCCGAUAUGCCGGCAAUUAUGAGCACGUCAUUGAGAGCACUACGGCGGGCGUGACAAUACAGGCGCCUCAGUUAGACAUCAAUACUGUGGCAGCAGGAGGCGGCUCACGGCUCUUCUUUCGGUCAGGCAUAUUUGUGGUAGGACCAGAAUCUGCGGGCUCCCAUCCAGGUCCCGCUUGUUACAAGAAAGGAGGACCCCUGACCGUUACAGAUGCCAAUCUGAUACUCGGCCGAAUACUUCCUCAGUAUUUUCCAAAAAUCUUCGGGCCGAAUGAAAACGAGCCCCUUGAUUAUGAACUUACUAAGCGCAAGUUCGGUGAGCUGCAGUCAGAUAUCAAUGAACAUCUAAAGGCCAGUGGUGACUCCAGGGUACUGACCAUCGAGCAAGUGGCUCUGGGCUUUAUUCGCGUCGCCAAUGAAACCAUGUGCCGACCGAUACGCGCUCUAACGCAAUCCCGAGGUCUGGAUACUGCCAAUCAUGUGCUCUCCUGCUUCGGCGGCGCCGGCGGACAACAUGCGUGCUCAAUAGCUCGUAACCUGGGUAUAGCUAAGGUAGCUGUUCAUAAAUACGCUGGAGUACUCUCAGCCUAUGGCAUGGCACUCGCAGAUGUUGUUCAGGAGGUGCAGGAGCCCAGUGGAGCAGAAUUUAAUAAUGCAAAUUCACAGUUGAUUAAGGAUCGAUUGGAUGCAUUAUCAAUACAGUGCCGUGGUCAGCUGACCGCUCAAGGGUUUAAGCAAAUUGAACUUCAGGCAUUCCUUCACCUGCGCUACGAGGCGACCGACGGCGCCUUGAUGUGUACGCCAGCGCCAGUUGAACAGACUCAGCUGUCGGAACAAUCUACAUCACCGUUAUUAGCUGCUUACGGUGAUUUUCAUGCCACUUUCUUGGAGCGCUACCGCACAGAGUUUGGAUUUGUGCUACAAAAUCGUCGCAUAAUAGUAGAUGACAUUCGCAUACGUGGCCUUGGAAAGAACGAAACGCCACCUGAAUUGCAAGUGGGUCAGGCACAAGAAAAGACUCCUACAGCCGAGGGUUACACAGAAGUGCAUUUUGACCAAGGUGCGUUCCAAACGCCCAUCUACUUAACCAAGCACUUGCUAGCUGGACAUCAAAUUUCCGGUCCUGCCGUGCUUAUCGAUCAGCUGUCUACCAUCAUAGUGGAGCCUGAGUGUACCGUUUACGUGACCGCCUAUGGUGAUCUUAUUAUGGACGUGCAAACCAGUGGCAAACAUGGCAUUAAUGCCGAACUGGACCCAGUGCACCUCAGCAUAUUUAGUCACCGUUUCAUGAGUAUUGCGGAGCAGAUGGGCAGAGUACUUCAGCGUACUUCCAUUUCGACUAACAUAAAGGAGCGUCUUGACUUCUCCUGCGCUCUGUUUGGCCCAGAUGGUGGCUUGGUCAGCAAUGCUCCGCACAUUCCCGUACAUCUAGGCGCCAUGCAGGAGACGGUGCAGUACCAGCUACGCGUUCGAGGCGACACCUUAAAAAAUGGAGAUGUUAUUUUGGCAAACCAUCCACAAGCCGGAGGCUCGCACCUGCCGGAUCUGACGGUUAUCACGCCAGUUUUCUUUAAAACGGAGCCGCGACCUGUCUUUUUUGUAGCUUCACGUGGUCAUCAUGCAGACAUUGGCGGAAUCACACCCGGUUCAAUGCCGCCCCAUUCUACUUCGCUCGCUCAAGAGGGAGCAGCAUUUAAGUCGUUCCUUAUUGUUGAGAAUGGAGUCUUUCAAGAGCAGCAGAUUAUACAACGGCUUACCACUCCAAGUGGCGCAAAAGGAGCUGUGGGCACACGCAACCUUAGUGACAAUCUGUCGGAUCUAAAGGCACAGAUCGCUGCCAACCACAAGGGCAUACACCUAGUAUCGGAGCUCAUCAACAGCUAUGGUCUAAAUGUCGUACAAGCCUACAUGCACCAUAUUCAAAAGAACGCGGAGUUGGCGGUUCGAGACAUGUUGCGCCAGAUUGGCCGUGAUACCUUAGAGCGCACAGGGUCCAAUGUGCUAGUGGCCCAAGAAUUUAUGGAUGACGGUUCACCGAUAGCGCUACGUGUCACCAUAGAUCCGGAGAAUGGUUCGGCUCUCUGUGACUUUAGUGGUUCCAGUGAAGAGGUCUGGGGCAACUGCAAUGCUCCACGUGCCAUAACGUUGUCAGCUCUUAUAUACUGCCUCCGUUGUAUGGUGGGGCAUGAUGUACCCCUUAACCAAGGCUGUUUGGCGCCAAUUCAAGUGGUUAUACCCAAAAAUUCAAUAUUGGAUCCUUCAGAGGGUGCAGCUGUAGUGGGUGGAAAUGUGCAAACGUCGCAGCGCAUUGUGGAUACAGUGCUAAAAGCUUUCCGUGUUUGUGCUGCUUCGCAAGGCUGCAUGAAUAACAUAACAAUUGGUGAUGACCAAUGGGGAUACUACGAAACUGUUGCUGGCGGCGCUGGGGCCGGCCCAGGUUGGCAUGGAGCUGGUGGUGUCCAUACGCACAUGACUAAUACCCGCAUCACUGACCCAGAAAUAUUGGAAUUACGCUAUCCCAUGAUACUGAAGCGCUUUUGCCUGCGUACCGACGGCUCGGGUGGACGUGGACAAUAUGUUGGGGGCGAGGGAGUCGAACGUGAUUUACUCUUCCGUAAGCCGGUAACAUUAUCCGUUCUGACCGAACGUCGCACGUUGCAGCCAUACGGUCUGGCUGGUGGUGAGCCGGGCAAAAGUGGACGCAACUUAAUCGUUAAGCAUGACGGACGUGUAAUCGCGCUUGCAGGUAAAACCUGCAUUGAUGUUGAGGCUGGGGAUACAUUUGCUAUGAAAACACCUGGUGGCGGUGGAUAUGGACUCAAAGAGGAUUCCUCUGCAGUUGAUCAGUCUAAACAAAGCAUUGACAACGUACAGAGGUUCGUGGAACGGGGCACUGUCCACGAUUAUCGUCAAUCCCAGGAAUCAGCAUAA